AUGAAUAAAAAUUCUUCCAACACGAUGGCUUUGGCUCCUAACACUUCUAACAAAAGAGAGACAGUGUGCAUAUUUGGAACUGGAGAUUUUGGACGAGCCCUGGGGCAUAAGAUGAUUCAGUCUGGCUACCCAGUGGUGUACGGAAGCCGAAGCACCCAGAUAUCCAACCUGAUUCCCAAGGAUGCAGAGGUGUUGGGCCACGCAGAGGCGGCACAGAAAGCUGCCAUCAUCAUUAUAGCAAUCCAGAGGCAGCACUACAACUUUCUUACACCACUAGCAGAGGUUCUCCGUGGAAAAGUCUUGGUGGACAUAAGCAACAACUUGAAAUUAAACCAGUACCCGGAGUCGAACGCGGAGCACCUGGCGCAGCUGCUGCCCGGCAGUAAGGUUGUGAAAGCCUUCAACACCGUGUCAGCCUGGGCCCUGCAGUCAGGCGCGCUGGAUGCAAGCCGGCAGGUGUUUGUCUGUGGAGAUGAUGCGGAAGCUAAACAAAUGGUCAUGAAUAUUGUUCGUGCACUGGGUCUCACUCCAUUAGAUAAGGGAUCCCUCUUGGCUGCUCAGGAAAUAGAAAAUUACCCUCUGCAACUCUUUCCAAUGUGGAAGUUUCCCAUCUUUUUGUCCCUUGGCCUAACUGCAUUCUUCUUCUUAUACUGUGUGGUUCUUGAUAUAAUUUACACUUAUAUUUAUGAAAAAAAAGACUUUUCAUUUUUUAUUGCAAUUACCAUUCCAAAUCGGGUCUGCCCUGUAAUGGCACUCAUCCUUCUCGCCUUGGUGUAUCUGCCUGGCAUAUUUGCGGCAAUUAUUCAGUUGUACAGAGGGACCAAGUACCGCCGUUUCCCAGACUGGCUGGACAAAUGGAUGCUGUGCAGGAAACAGCUUGGACUGAUAGCCUUGGCAUUUGCUUCCCUGCAUGCUGUGUUCACCCUUGUUACUCCAUUGCGCGCCUUCGCAAGCUGGAGAACCGGCAAAGGAAUCAUCUCCCAGGCACUGAACAAUAAAACAGAACCACUCAACCACACUAAUGCCUGGCUUAGUGACUCUUAUUUGGCUUUGGGAAUUUUAGGAUUUUUUUUAUUUGUUCUUCUGGGAAUAACUUCCUUGCCUUCAGUCAGCAACAAUGUCAACUGGCGAGAAUUUCGAUUUGUUCAGUCCAAACUGGGAUAUCUGGCACUGAUUUUGUGCACAGCACACACGCUGGUUUAUGGUGGAAAAUGGUUCCUGAGCCCAUCAGCAUACAAGUGGUAUCUUCCAAACAUCUAUAUCCUCUCCCUCAUUGUUCCAUGUGCUGUACUGGUUGUCAAAUUUGUGCUGAUAUUUCCUUGUAUAGAUAAACGUCUCACACAAAUUCGGCAGGGCUGGGAGAGAAAUCCCAAAUACUCAAAACAGUCAAAUUACAUUAUCAACAAGUCUGCUGUAUAA